CAGUGUACGUUUGGCUCGCGCAGAGUGCGGAUUGCAGUUCGAUUCGGCUUAAUCAGCCCAGUGAUUUUAGCGUAUUUCAUCCGUAGGAUUGCUCUGCCGCAGAUCUGGCCGAUAAGACUUGGCAACACAUCAGGACCCAAUCCUGGAGGCCCUAACCGUAAUUAAAUUAUCGGGCGAGUUAAUUGGCAGCCCGAGAGUUGCGAAAGUCGUAAUGACGGUGCCAUUCAUCUGGCAUUUAGCUUGAUUCCCGUUCGCCGAUCGCUUUGCCGUGCUAAAGUCUGUAAUAUUUGGUUAGUGCGGGUUGCCAAAAAGUUAAACAGAACAGAAAGUACGGUUCAUUUGCUAAAUACACGGGACCAUUCAAAUAUCCCGACACAAUUUAAGAGUGUGUGUGGGCGUGUGUUUGUGUAUGUGCGCUCAGUGAGUGAGAUGUGUGGCAAGUUUCAUUUAUUGGCAGCCAGCAACUGAUUUGAAUAUUCACUCGCACACUCAUACCCGAAAGGAUCUGCGCUGCCAAAAUACUAGACCAGAUUGUGGCUCCUGUGUCGCCCGUGCAUAAGUGUGUGUGCAGUAUGAUUUAUAGGUCCUGCAGCAGGCGUGAUGUAAAGUGACAAUUUCUGGUAAUUUUCGAUUUACAUGCCGUUGUGCAUUGGACAGACGACGACCAAGUUGAAAGUUCAAUAAACCCACACAGAAGAGGGACAUCGUAACUAUAGCAAAGAUGCUCUUCAAGUGGCUCCUGUUCAGCCUGUGCAUAAUGCCGGCCAUGUUCAGCAAUACGAAGAGGAAAUGCCCCACUGAAUGCCAAUGCAGCAUGGACGACUUGGAUCGUUAUCAGGCCAUCUGCACAAAAGGAGGCCUGAAUUCACUGCUGUCGCCCAAUGAGUUGGACGUCGAUGUUAAAGUUAUUAUCAUCCGUGGACCCAGGAAUUCCAUUACAAUCGGUCCAGCGCUGCGGCAGUUCAUGAAACUGGAGAUACUCCGCAUCACCGACUCCAAUCUGCCGGCAAUAGGCGCGGAGUCGUUUUGGGGCCUCAAAUAUCUGCGGAUAUUAGAUCUGUCCAAGAACAAUAUAACCAAUAUCACAGAGAACAACUUUCGAGGACAGGACAACCUACUGGAAUUGGACUUAUCGAAAAAUAAAGUUUUACGCAUGGCCAGUUCAACGUUUCGCCAUUUGACGGAUCUGCGUCGCCUUAAUUUGGCCGACAACUCGAUUGUGGAGCUCGUGCAGCGCAACUUCUUCAUGCUAAGUAGACUCAAGUAUCUGGACCUUAGCGGAAAUCCGCUGCAGGAUUUACAGCCGGAUGUGUUUCGCGAUGUGCCGGAACUCAAAGUGCUCAAGUGUCGCAAUUGCCAGCUGAAAAAAAUCAAUCCGCAGAUGUACAAUUUAUUGCCGCUUUUAAGCGAAUUGGAUUUGGGACGCAACGAGUUCAAGUUUCUCGACAAGGAUGAAUUCCGCGAUGUGAAGAGACUGACCAAAGUUCUGUUGGAUGGCAAUCAAUUGUCUGUGGUGGUGGACCAACUCUUUCGCAUGCAGAAGAGUCUUAAUCAUCUGGAUUUGUCGUACAAUCGGUUGGCCAAAGUGCCCAAUGACUCGUUUCUACAGCUGACCAACUUGACCUUCCUGGACUUGUCCUACAACAAACUGGUUCGUCUGGAGCCGCAGUCCAUUAGAAGUUUGAGCAAUCUGCUGACGCUCAACAUAAGUGGCAACGUACUAAUGGAUCUUAGGGAGAUGAGAGAAACCUUUGAGCCAUUGAUAUAUUAUUUUUUUUUAACCUGUUCCAAACUAUUUUUCCAGCUCAUUCCCCAGCUUACACACCUGGCGAUUGCGGAUAUGGGCACAAUGCCCGUUGGUCUACUGCAUCCCUUCAAGCAACUGAGAUAUCUCAAUAUCUCCGGCAAUUCCUUGAACAACACGGCAUUGGAGGUCAUCGAUCCGUGUCGAGAACUGGAGUUUUUGGACUUAUCUCGGAAUCAAUUACACGGCAUCAGCGAGGACACGGUCCUCAGGAUUCAAGGCAUACGCAACGUGCGACUCGACAACAAUCCUUUGAUAUGCGACGAGUGUCACAUGGGGAAAUUGAUAAAUGUCGUGCGCCAACUGCAGUGGAAAUGGGAUACCUAUCCCAUUUGCUUUCUGCCGAAGAGUCUUCGAGGUGCAGAAAUAAAUAAUUUGGAUAUCAACGGGCUGCACACGUGCUUGACUUUCAUCACCGACGAGGAGCAAAAUGCAGCCAGCACAUCAUAUAACUUUCUUGAGCACGGUGGUCUCAAUACUCUGGCCAUUCUGGGUGGCAUCAUCUUUGUGCUAAUUGCCGUCAUUAUACUGUCCUUGGUUGCCUGCUUUUCGAAAAAUCGGGCUCGCUACUACACGAGGGAGGACCAUCUGAAUGGCAGCGAGAGCAAGUGCCUGGAAAAAAAUCUGGAGGCGACCACGAUUACAACGCUGGGCAAUGGCAGCUCGCCCACCACGACGACCACGCUGACCCUGGCCACCUCCCCGGCGGCACCAAAUGGUCCAAAGACGAAUGGACAGGGCCUGAGCCUGAGUCCUGCCAAUGGCAGCACGCCCGUUCACGGAAUCUCCGACGACAAGGGCAAAGAAAUCAACUUCACCUUUCCCGUGGAUGAUCGCGUCUGCACCAUUGACGAACUGAUGCCAUCACCACCGCCGCCUCCGCAGCAGCAUCCGCAUCCGAAUAUGGGCAGCCUGAUGUACAGUGUGUCGCACUCGCCGAACUCAGCUACAACUCUGGCAGCUGUGGCAGCGGCGGCGACUGUUAUUCCGCCAGGAGCCCCCUCUCACUCGUCCAUGCCCACGCCCACACCCACUCCUGCCGAGGCUGUGGUUGUGGUCCUGCCCCCGCCACCGCUACCACCACAACAGCACCACCACCAGAUGGACGGCAGCUUGGCCAGCCUGCGGGAGGUGCAGCAGCAGCUGGUCCAUCUGAGCAGCACGCUAGAGCCGCUGGUCAGCGUUAACUGACCCAGGGGCCCAUCGGGAGCCACCGCGUCCUCAUCAGCUACGAAGUUUGCCCAGCAAACAGUUGGCACGACACCGACGUAAGCCGCCGGAGAGUUGGAUUUGCAGUGUGCAACGGGACGACGGGGCGUAUAAUUAAUGGCCAUGCGGGGUCACAUUGAAGUGCAGUAAUUAGGAUUUGAGUUCGCAAUUAAGUUCAUUAAUCACUCCAGACGAUCAUCAUCAAAUUUGGCCUUUCCCCGAAGGAAUACGCCAUUAUUCCAUACUGCCAUUUUCACAAUUAACGAACUUUACCAGUGUUUCACUAAGAUACUUGUAACUUAAUUUUAAUGUUUUUUAUAUGCGCAUCUGUAUAUAAAAUUUGUCUACAUUUAGGUAAAGUACACACGAUUCAUUUCGACACAUUUCAAAUGUGAUAAAACCGAGCGUAUUCUGUAAAUAAGUAUUAACGCAAGCGAACCAUAAAAACUAAGGUGUUAAAUGUGUAAGCGAAAAAAUGAUAAAUUUGUAUAUUUGGCCAAUGCGAUUCAAAAUUGAGCAGCCGCUGUUUGAGAAUUUAAAAGUAUACAUUAAUAUAGCACGUAGUUAGUGGCAUAGAUUUCCAAGACACAUACAAAACCUACAAUAUAUAGAACUAGCAUGUAAGGCAUGUCAAAGUAUAUUGUUCAAACCCAAAACCAGCAGAAGUUGGCAAUCAUUUGAAUGAAACCCAACUAGGAGCCCAAACGAUUUUCGGUUCUCCCCUCGAAUCAAUAACAGAACUUGGCAUUUUCACGUAUCCUUAAGUCGGAAAAUUGUAUUUAUUUUACACAGCAAUAACCGUAAUCCAUAAUAAAGUGUGACUGUUUAUGAAACC